AUGAUUGUAGUUUUUGGAUGUCUCAUCAUCUCUGUGAUUCUCAUCUGUCUUCCUCCAGCCCUGUUUACAGUCGGUUUACAGGAGAGCAGUUAUGAAGCAGAGCUACAUGAGGACGUCAGACUAGUGUGUUUGUUCUCCACGGUUAAAAGUCUUUCCGACCUCACUGUCAUAUGGAGCCGAGUCGAGCCGAAGCCGGCCGUGGAUGUGUAUCGGCUGGAGAGAGGCAGAGAGAAUCACAUUUACACCAGUGCCGCGUUCAUAAAGCGCGCACAGCUCAUCCACGAACAGCUGAACGAAAACCGAGCGGUGCUGCACUUGAAAAAGCUCCAGAUUAAAGAUUCAGGCACAUACCGGUGUAUCGUGAAAGAGGCAGAUGAUGGAGACUACAAGCAAGUCUCGCUCAGUGUUACAGCUCCUUAUACUCCCAUGAAGAAGGCCAUCAUGAAGACGGGUCAGGAUGAGGUCGAGCUGUCCUGUGAGUCUCAGGGAUUCCCGUCCGCUCAGGUUAUCUGGAGCGAUGGUCAAAACACAAACCUCACAGAGAUGUCCAACAGCACCACACGCUCCACAGACGAAGAUCUCAUCCACGUCAUCAGCAAGCUGACGGUCAAACGAGACCUCGUGAACAACUACACCUGCUCUUUCCUCGUAAAGGGUGAAAUCCAGCAGACGGCCACCUUCAGCAUCCCAGGUCAGAAAAACAGACGAAGUGAAUCUAAAUGUGCUUUCCUCUUCCCACAUGCAUCCUCUGCCACCACUGAUUCUUUAUUGACAGUGAACGAGAACAAGCCGCAACCAUGUGACUUGAACUCAGAAGAAGCUACAGAAAAACCUCUAUCCCUGAGGAACGUGCUUAUACGACAGUAUUCACAGCUCUGCACAAACACUGAGAUGAAAAGCAGACUUGUUUCAUAUGCACUUCUCAGCAAAGAAGGCCGAUCUCUAAACAUCAGCUCCAUUCUGCCUGAUAAGAAAGAAACCAUCCUUCUGUUUGGAGAACCAGGCAGCGGGAAAACCAGCGUGGCCCAAAUCCUGUCGUCCUGCUGGGCUGAGAAGACCACGACAGACCCCUUCAACAUCCGCCGGCUCCAUCUGGUUUUCCAGGUGGACUGUAGCCGAGCGAAAGGAGACUUUUUUCAGGUGAUAAAGUCCAGCAUUUCUCAUGAAAAACCACUAGAUGUGUCUGAGUUCAGAGAGACGCUUCUGGGCCCGACGGACUGUUUGCUCAUCCUGGAUGGAUAUCAAGAGGGAAACAAGGACCUGGAUGAAACACUCGAAUGGUUUCUAACAGAGCGGCAGACAUGCAGGGUGUUAGUGACGUCACAUCCAGGAAAAUGUCCAGCCCUGGAGAAAAACACCAGGACAGUAUUCCAACUUAUUCAGAAACCGGAAGAGUCUGGAUCAUGAAAUCGGAUAAAUUUCAUAUUUGCACAGACUAUGCUUUUGCAAUUUCAUGUUACAGCAAUGUGCAAAUUCAGCAGUUCCAGAAGAUGGAUCUGCCUUUUGUUUCUUGGGAAUUUUUUAUGUUCUGACUUUUGGUAAACCGGACUCAUCUGGCAGGAGAUCGAACCAUUUCACAAUACUUGAAUUCAGUAUUUUUCAAGGACCAAGUACAGAAAAAGAGAAAUGAGAUCACAGUUCUUAAACCUUAUUUCUGCAAAAAGUG